GAAAAGCAAAACAAAAAUAAAAAAAAAACCUCAAACAACCCGAAGAGAGAGCGCCUUCCCCGUCUGGAGAUGCUCCGAUAAACUACGUUACAAAAUACAAAGACGGAACCCUGUACGAAGAAAACGAGUUACAACGUCAAAGUUCGAGAAACGGAGUACUCACUUCUCGUCGACCAGCUCUCCAGAGGGAGAGAGAGGAAUAUGCAACAGAGGCUGAAGCUUCAGCAACAACAACAGCAAGCCCUAAUUCAGCAAGCCCUUCUUCAGCAGCCUCAGAUGUACCACCCUGGCGUCAUCGCCGCUGCUAUGUCUCAGAUGGAGCCCAUCCCUGGUGGGAAUCUGCCCCCUGGCUUUGACUCGUCUACAUGCUGCAGUGUUUAUGUAGGAAAUAUUCAUGUAAAUGUCACAGAGAAGCUUCUUGUGGAAGUUUUCCAGACUGCUGGUCCUCUUGCAGGAUGCAAGCUCAUCAGAAAGGAUAAGUCAUCAUAUGGUUUUGUGGACUACCUUGACCGGACAUCUGCAGCCCUUGCAAUAAUGAAUUUGCAUGGCCGCCAACUUUAUGGUCAGGCACUUAAGGUGAAUUGGGCAUAUACCAGUAAUCAGAGGGAGGAUACUUCAGGACAUUUCAAUGUAUUUGUUGGUGAUCUGAGUGCAGAGGUUACUGAUGCGACUUUAUUUGCGUGCUUCUCAGUCUAUCCUAGUUGUUCUGAUGCAAGGGUCAUGUGGGAUCACAAAACUGGUCGCUCAAAAGGAUAUGGAUUUGUUUCUUUUCGUAAUCAGCAGGAUGCACAGAGUGCUAUCAAUGAAUUGACUGGUAAAUGGCUUGGGAAUAGGCAAAUAAGAUGCAACUGGGCAGCCAAAGGUGCUGGUACUAAUGAAGACAAGCAGAUCAAUGACAGCCAAAAUGCGGUUGUACUUACUAAUGGAUCUUCAGAUGGAGGUCCGGAGAAUAUCAAUGAAGAGGCCCCUGAAAACAAUCCGGCAUACACCACUGUCUAUGUUGGCAACCUCUCUCACGAGGUAACUCAAGCUGAACUCCAUUGUCAGUUUCAUGGUCUUUGUGCUGGGGUUAUAGAGGAAGUGCGUGUCCAGAGGGAUAAAGGAUUUGGGUUUGUCAGAUACAACACUCAUGAGGAAGCAGCCUCGGCCAUUCAGAUGGCUAAUGGGAGGAUUAUUCGUGGGAAGCCCCUGAAGUGCUCGUGGGGUAGCAAGCCAACUCCUCCUGGGACAGCUUCAAAUCCAUUACCUCCUCCAACUCAACCAUAUCAGAUCCUUCCGACUGCAAGCAUGAACCCAGGCUAUUCACCAGCUGAGUUGUUGGCUUAUCAGCGGCAACUUGCCUUGAGUCAGGCUGCUGCUUCCAUGGGGUUGAGCUCUGGGGGAUCGCAAGCCAUGUAUGAUGGUGUGUACUAGAUAAUGGAUCUGUUCAGGACAGACCUUGUAAAGCACUAAAGAUUCUGAGCUGUCAACAUCAGGUUCUGCCUCUCCAACACUCGGUCGUUUUUCCGAUAACAUAUUGGUUCUUGGUGUCUCAGUAUAAAAAUAUAAUAAUAUAAUGCUAAAGAUUGAGAAGUUAUUGUUCUUCGUAACGAACUCUACCUUAAAUAGUAUUUUAGAGUAUUUUUGCUCCGGAAUUUAGUAUACCGACGUGUUGCUUUUUUCAAGAAAGGAAACAAAAAAGUAGAUUUCAUGAACAGCCUCAUUGACUACCGGCUGUCUGAUGACACAGACGUAAAUCAUUACAAGACAACCACAUUCACGUCUUAUGAAACACCAGGCUUUAAAGUAUGUGGGUGCUUGUUUGUGCCUGUUUUCUUUUUAAUAUUUCUCUAGAACUAGAAGGAAUGUGUAUAUAUGUACACGUUGAUUAAGAAACUUGGAACUUCAUCUUGAUUCGCUGUACAUGAUAUCGAAGUUUGCAAACACGGCUUUGAGAAUCAGAGAUGCUAUGAACAUCAGCUUUUACCUCCAACAGUUGGCACGAUCAUUUUAAACCAAUUUUUUUCCUCAGAACUUGAUCUUUACUCGUAAGGGAGAUGAUGGAACUUUCUCCAGAAAGUGCAGGUGGAAGAUCCCCCUCCUGCAAAGUGUCAAUCAAUACAUUUCUGAUUAGGCCUUUCAUCGUGAGGUAGAAGUCAAACAAGCAGUAUGUGAAUCCUAAAUGAACCGUUACAGGAAAUGACAAUGAAAUUGGAAUAUUUUAUGGUUUAUGAAAAAGAAAUUGACCUCGAAAUAUUUAACUAAAAUAGAGUAAAUCAUGGAGUCAAAAGUUGAAUUUAGGACCAUCGCUCUGAAUCCUCAUCGAGUUAGUAAUUGUCCAAAAAAUGGAUGAAUUUAAUCAUUAGAUUAUAUUGUCAAGCAAACACAAACUUACUAGCUGCAGGGAAACUUGGCUGUGGCCUGGUGAGGAGGCUGGACUGCCAUUUAUCAAAGUGUGGUGCAUGGUUUCCUCAGCAAGUUCUCUCAAUCUGUUUAGUUCUGGCAAGAUUUCCUUGCCAAGAUCUGGUCUAUCCUUUCGCCUCAACUCUGCACACUUUAGUGCCAGCUUGGCAAAGCACAAAGCCUCUUCAAUUGGCCAAUCAAGCACGGUUGGAUCCAACAUCUGACUAAAAGUCCCUUUUUCGAUAGCCCUUUCAACAUGGUGAGUCAAGCCCAUCGGCGGCCUGGCUGUUAUCAUUUGUAGAAACAUGAUUCCAAGGGAAUAUAUAUCAGACUUCACUCCAAGCAUGCCUGUUUGCUGAUAUUCUGGAUCUAUAUAGCAGAAUGUGCCUGCUGUGGAUGUCAUUCGAUACUGUGUCACGUUAUCGACCACAGAUGGGGGUACUAACCUGGCCAAGCCGACAUCACUAAUCUUGCUAACAUAGUUGCAAUCAAGUAAGAUGUUGGCUGGUUUCAGGUCACGGUGCACUAGUGGCUCUGGUUUGGUCUGGUGAAGGAACAACAAGCCAGUACCUACUUCGGCGGCAAUUCUAAAUCUAAGCUGCCAAGAAAGAGGUGGAGUGUUACCCCGGCAGAAGAGGCGGUCCUCCAAACUCCCAUUAGCCAUGAACUCAUACACCAAACAACCAUACUCGGGGCAGGCUCCUAGUAGAAGAACCAUGUUCGGAUGUCGUAUGCAACUCAAUACCUCAACCUGAGAAUGGUUGUUAGUGAGUCAUAACGAAACUAUUUCUAAAUACUUAACUAAACUUUCAAGCAUAAUUUUUUGAUUUGAUGCUUGUGUAGACAAGUACUUCUAUUUUCAGUAUACCUCUUUUUGAAA